AUGUCAGGCAUGACUGUUUACAAUAGAUCGCGUCCACCAACACCGCACCCACAUUACCGUGGUGCUCCCGGUCAUGGUUUGAGAGGAACCCGCGUUAAUUUAAGGCUUCUGCAGAUUGACCGGCACGGCCGUGAACACCCAUAUCAGCCGACCAAACAGGUUAGCGGGAGGUUCUUGAACACAAGAGGGAACACACCAGCUGGUGUUUCGGAAAAAGAGUACAUACGAGCAUAUAAUCGCGCGCACUCACGCGUGUAUAAGGCCGAGGGAUACGAUGCUGCCAACGAUGCAAUGGACAACGGCAGCGUGCGGGAUGAUGCGGUAGAGGAACUCAUCAAGGCUGGCUUGUUGAGCGCCAAUUUUGUCGAUAAUGAUGUUUAA